GCGAGGUGGGGAAUCGGGAGUUUCUGGAUUCUUUAUGCGAUAUUUCAAGGGCUGCCGGAGGGCCGUCGCUUCUGCAGUGCUUAGGAGCGGCUGGGGCGGGAGGAUCUACGGCGGCCGUGGCGCGAAGACUAAGAAACCCUGAAUUCUGUGAAAAACCAGAGAAGAGAAGCUAAGAGGUUAGUAGACAAGGUCUUCUAAUUUGAAUAAUAUUUCCUUCGUGGAUAUUUUUCAUAGCAUUAUUAUGUGAUGUGAGAAGUUUUUGUGGUUUUUUUUUUUUUUUUUUUUGUGGAAGUAACAUGGAUUUUAUACUACAGAAUCAAGAGAAUUGGCUUUAUAGGAAAAAUUGAUUUAUAAAAAGUGGUACAGGUUCUUAUAGAUAACCAUGACAACAUCCUAUAUGAAUGGGCAUGUUACAGAGGAAUCAGACAACGAAGUAAAAAAUGUUGAUCUUGCAUCACCAGAGGAACACCAGAAGCACCGAGAGAUGGCUGUUGACUGCCCAGGAGAUUUGGGCACCAGGAUGAUGCCAGUACGUCGAAGCGCACAAUUGGAACGCAUUCGGCAACAACAGGAAGACAUGAGGCGUAGGCGAGAGGAAGAAGGGAAGAAACAAGAACUUGACCUUAAUUCUUCCAUGAGACUUAAGAAACUAGCCCAAAUUCCUCCAAAGACUGGAAUAGAUAACCCUAUAUUUGAUACAGAAGAAGGAAUUGUCCUAGAAAGUCCUCAUUAUGCUGUGAAAAUAUUAGAAGUGGAAGACUUGUUUUCUUCACUUAAACACAUCCAACAUACUUUGGUAGAUUCUCAGAGCCAGGAGGAUAUUUCACUGCUUUUACAACUUGUGCAAAAUAAAGAUUUCCAGAAUGCAUUUAAGAUACACAACGCUGUCACAGUACAUAUGAACAAGGCCAGUCCACCAUUUCCUCUUAUCUCCAAUGCACAAGAUCUUGUACAAGAGGUACAAGCUGUUUUGAAGCCAGUUCAUCAGAAGGAAGGGCAAGAAUUAACUGCCUUGCUGAAUGCCCCGCAUAUUCAGGCACUUUUACUGGCCCAUGAUAAGGUUGCUGAGCAGGAAAUGCAGCUAGAGCCCAUUACAGAUGAGAGAGUUUAUGAAAGCGUUGGGCAAUAUGGAGGAGAAACUGUAAAAAUAGUUCGUAUAGAAAAGGCUCGCGAUAUUCCAUUGGGUGCUACAGUUCGUAAUGAAAUGGAUUCUGUCAUCAUUAGUCGAAUAGUAAAAGGAGGCGCUGCAGAGAAAAGUGGUCUGUUACAUGAAGGAGAUGAAGUUCUGGAGAUAAAUGGCAUUGAAAUUCGGGGAAAAGAUGUCAAUGAGGUUUUUGACAUAUUGUCUGAUAUGCAUGGUACUUUGACAUUUGUGCUGAUUCCCAGUCAACAGAUCAAGCCUCCUCCUGCCAAGGAAACAGUAAUCCAUGUAAAAGCUCAUUUUGACUAUGACCCCUCAGAUGACCCCUAUGUUCCCUGUCGAGAGUUAGGUCUGUCUUUUCAAAAAGGGGAUAUACUUCACGUCAUCAGUCAAGAAGAUCCAAAUUGGUGGCAGGCCUACCGGGAAGGGGAUGAAGAUAAUCAGCCCCUAGCUGGGCUCAUUCCAGGGAAAAGCUUUCAGCAGCAAAGAGAAGCCAUGAAGCAGACCAUAGAAGAAGAUAAGGAGCCAGAAAAAUCAGGAAAACUAUGGUGUGCAAAGAAGAAUAAAAAGAAGAGGAAAAAAGUUUUAUAUAAUGCCAAUAAAAAUGAUGAUUAUGACAAUGAGGAGAUCUUAACUUAUGAGGAAAUGUCACUUUAUCAUCAACCUGCAAAUAGGAAAAGACCUAUCGUCUUGAUUGGUCCACAGAACUGUGGCCAGAAUGAGUUGCGUCAGAGGCUCAUGAACAAAGAAAAAGACCGUUUUGCAUCCGCGGUGCCUCAUACAACUAGGAGUAGGCGAGACCAUGAAGUAGCUGGUAGAGAUUACCACUUUGUUUCACGGCAAGCAUUCGAAGCCGACAUAGCAGCUGGGAAGUUCAUCGAGCAUGGUGAAUUUGAGAAAAAUCUGUAUGGAACCAGCAUAGAUUCUGUACGGCAAGUGAUCAACUCUGGCAAAAUAUGUCUUUUAAGUCUUCGUGCACAGUCACUGAAGACCCUCCGGAAUUCAGACUUGAAACCAUACAUUAUCUUCAUUGCACCCCCUUCACAAGAAAGACUUCGGGCAUUGCUGGCCAAAGAGGGCAAGAAUCCAAAGCCUGAAGAGCUGAGAGAAAUCAUUGAGAAGACUAGAGAGAUGGAGCAGAACAAUGGCCACUACUUUGACACAGCAAUUGUGAAUUCAGAUCUUGAUAAAGCCUAUCAGGAGUUGCUUAGGUUAAUUAACAAACUUGAUACUGAACCUCAGUGGGUGCCAUCCACUUGGCUGAAGUGAAGGAAACGUCCAUUCUGUGGCAUGACUAGACUUGAUCUGGGAAAGUGCCAAUACGAGGAUAGCCCCCAUAUUUCAGUGAGACUCUCCUGAGUAUAAGGUGGCAGGCAGAAUAAGCUGUAGAUCUCUUACAUUAGUGAGAAGAAAGUCCCCUGAUCAAUUUGUGUACAGCAUUCUUUAUUCUCUACAAAUGGCUUUACCUCUUGCCUCAUAAAUGAAAGCUUUCAGUAGAGCAGUUUCAUUUUAUCCAUAUGAAAACUUUUUCUUUUUUCACCUACCUAAAUCUUCUCUGCCUAGUCAUAUUUCCAGGAAAAACGUGUGUGUGUGUGUGUGUGUUCACAUCAGUCCAUGCCUCACAUAGUUGUAAAUAUUGGUGUUAUUUAACAUUUAAAUGCUUCAUGGGAACUUUUUAGGACUGUGCUUCUAUGCACUGGGCAAGAGACAGUAUUUGCUUAGGAGAUUGGUUUAGUCAUCAGAAAUACUUUUCCUGAAAAAUGAAGAAAAACCAAAAUGGUGCCACUUUGGUCUGGAGCUACUCUGUUAGGCUAGAAUCCAUUUGUAUGUCUUUUAAUUCUAAAAACAUUGUUAACAGCACUAGCUUUUUAAGCUCAAACUUUGUGGAUCAGACUUCUGCAUACUCAGCAGACUGUGGUCUAGUGAAAGUUAUACAACAUAUGCUCAUCUUUUAAAAAAUGUAAUGAUUUUUGAGCUGUUUUUCUUACAUGGUCUCAACUAAUUUGAUAACCUCACUUCCUUUCUUCGAUCUGCAUAGUACAGCAGAAUGCGUAAGUUACAUUGCAUGAGUGGUGAACAUUCUAUCAACUGUUAAAUUUCUUCCUCAUGAUGGAAAUAGUUUGUUAUAUACAACAGAGAAUGUAACACUUUGACAGCUUUGGCAUUUUUAUGUAUGAGCACAGGAUAGUCCUGUGGCUGUGCUGUAUGUAGGUAAUAAACUGGAAUUCUGUUGAUGAAGCUAGCUGCUGUACUGUAUACUGAUAUCUCAUAGAUUGACAAAUGAUCAUUGAUUACACUCGUUUAGCAUUGGAGUAUAAUAUAUAUAUAUAUUCUAGGAAAAUACUAUGAACAGUUGACUUUGAGAUCAGAAGGAAAAGAAGACCUGAAAGUUAUUUGAACAUUUUAGGAAAAGAACAUUGGGAAAAAAUCUUUUACACACAGGUUUUUAUCCUAAGAAGUUCUGCCUCUUUAUGAUCAGAAUGCCACAGCUUGCUAAAUCGUAAAAGAAAUGUUUAAAUUAAGCUCGUUUUAUUUUUGUAUUGUCUCUCUAGCUGUAGCUUUAAAAUGCAAUUUCUAUAAUUGGCAUGAGAAGUUAACUUGUAUCCUUUUCAAGCUUUUAGGGACAGUGUGAUGUGUGACCAAAAACCUCAAAUGUGAACGUCUUGAUUUUCUUUUUAUGAAGACUUUAGCUAUGGCAUUUCCUGUUCCCAAAGCUAAACACUGGAAUAAUACUGACUUGUAACUUAAUUUAACAUAAAAGUUGUUUUUAAUGAGUAAUUUUGUCUCAGUGUUGUGUAUAUAUUUGAUUUUUCUCCUCCACAUAGAUUUUAUUUGAACAAACGUAGACAGUUUUUAUGUGUUGCUUUUUCCUGUACAAAUAUGCAUGGCCUCUGCAUUCCCUGGGGAGUGUGUCUUAUGUGGAAAAUUGUGAAGAUGUUUCUUAGGAAGAAAGUAACAUUCCUGGACAGAAGGAACGAAUGCCAUAUAUACUGUCUCUUCAAAUCUGAAACACCCCACCUUAUGACAGCAAAAUGCAAAGGUCACACUGAUUUUCGGUAUUGAAAACCAAGGAAUAUACUUAGCACUUAAUCUUUUCAGUUUUCCACAGUUUACUUUCUCCUCAGGAAUGAAGGGUAGUCUAUGGUAGACAGUGGAGUUUUGCGAUCUGCUUAUCAAAACCGACAACUAAUUUUAACCCUAAGAUCUACAAUGCUUUCAGUUUGCCUAAGUUAGACUGAGAUUUUAGGUAGUGUGAGUGAGUGGCUGUCGUGCUGGUCUGAGCUAACCUGCGGACGAGUGGACCGCACUGGGGCUUUACCCAUCAGAUCCAGCACACAGGCACACACCAUGGUAUACUUUUUGGAAGUCUUCAAGGUGGUGAGAUAUUUUGAGGGUCACUGAUGUCCUGUAGUUCUCUUUCCUCAUCAGCAGUGACAACAGAGAAAUGUUUACGCCCAGAACUUUUCUCAAUCUAAGUGAGACGGAUGUGCUGAUUAUCAAAACGGUCCCUAAACAAAGUGAGAAGUGAGUUGUUGCUGACAUCCUCAGAAGAAUGGGGAAAAAAAACCUUGCUAUACGCCUUGUAACCCUGUGGAGCACAGUUCUACUCUGAUGCGCACAGGGUCACCAUGAGUUAGAAAUCGACCGAAUGGCAGAUUUAUUUUUGUUUGUUUUUGGCUAAGCCUAGCUGUCUAACCAUUCUGGCCAAAUUCCAUUUCCUGUCCCUCUGUGGUUCUGAUUUAAGACCCCAGUGUGGGGAAGGUAUUCAUCUUAACUACUUACUAUAGAAGUGAUACCAACAGCUAAUGAAAUGUACACGGAAAAUCCAAAUAAGAAAAUAAGUUCCUUUACUAAAAUUUCAUAAGUCAGAACAAACAGAAGGAAUAGUAUUUAGACUAAUCCAGAUUUGCUUUCUAUGAAAAUCUAAUAUCUGGAUUUUUUUUUCCUUUUCUCUUGGCCUGAGGAAUAAGUACUGCUAAGGAAUAAAUUGAAUGUAAUUUUGUGAAUGUGUGUGGAAAAUAUAAACCAGGGACUUAGCCUUAAUAAAGGUAACCUGAGACCUGUUGUUAAUCCCCUUUGUAUUCCUAUCCUGUAUCUGCACUCUUGAGAUGUCAUACUGCACACUGUGUUGUAAAAAUAAAAUUAUAUUUCAAAUAAAAAAA